AUGGCCAAACGAGAGCUGACGUCUGCCUCCCAACCAACAUCGUCAGGCUCUGGCAAGCGUUCAUGUAUGGACGGAUCUGAGAAACAAGCUUCGCACUUAACGAGCCCAGCACCCGCUGAAGACUUCGAGGGUCUCCAUGAUAUGUGGGAUGAGCCUCUUGCGGUCUCGAAGGACACCUGGGCCGUGACGAGAUGCGUCAGUGAUCACGGCAACACAAUAACCAAGUGGACGGCUGGUCACUUUGUAGCAGUCGCAAUGUGGUCAGGUGGUCUUGAGGCAGGCAUCCAGGCCGCUAAAGCAAUUCGCAUAUUUGGGAUCUGGAGUCCUCAUGCUGACUACAGGCUUGGCGAGCCACCACCACUUAGCCGUGUCGCAGCCAGAAGCGACAUAUUAGGCAGGCUGUGGCCCACAGUCGAGUCCACGGAGGACCACCGGCUUCUGGAGUGGGCAAACCAACGUUAUCCUGGAAACUCAUUCACCGACUUCGCGACAGCUCACCGUCAUCUCUUGCGUGAAUGUAUUGGACCAGAUCUCACAAAAUUCCCAACAGUGGUCCGGCCAAAUUUGGACUAUCACAAUGGUGCUCCUCUCGUUUGGAAACGCCUGGUCACCAUCGAACAAUUUUGGGACACCUUGGCGCCUGUUCUGCGCAAGCACUUCGACGCCGAGGUAGACCUUGAUACGAUUGCUCUGAAGAUUCAACCUGCUGCUAUGAGUCGCUCCACGAAAGACGCAUAUGGAGGGAGCCGUGGCUUCGAAACGCACAUGAAAGCCAAAUCAGGUGGCCACUAUUGGUCUUCUCGUGGAAACCACAGGGAAAGCAACAUGAUAAUGACCGACGAUCACCAAGACGAUGAUGAAGAAUUUGACGAGAAGCCCAAGCUUAAGAUAGAAGUAGAACCUACUCUAUUGAAGGAUAACAUUGGACGCAGUCGUGAGCGGCUUAAUAGCACGCGUCAAGGAGGCUCUGGUACGAAGAAUCUCUUCGCAAAAACAACUCACGCUCGCCGCUACCGACCGAUCCUUCCGAGAUCCUCGUCUGGGACCUACAAAUAUUCGUCAUCAUAUGGACCUGCCAACAGUGGAGCAGUGCAGCCAGUCACUCCAAGCUUUCUCGUCAUCGAGGAGCCUCAACCUGUGUACUACCAAGUUGUAAACCAGCUGUACGAGCAGUCGUGUGGCGUGUCCGUGGACCAAAUUACAUACUUCCGUGAUCGCCACAAUGCCCAACUGGAUUUGCCCCAAGCUUGGAAGAAGAUUUGUGAUUACAGGAAAUCAAACAACAUGCGGACUCUGGGUGUCAGGGACCGAUUGCCACAUCCUCGUGUAUUUUCCUGUGCGACCUCGAGAUCCAACGCUGUAUCGAAACCGGGCGUGGAGAUCUUAAAAGGCGACCUAGAUGAAGUACUACGCCAGAACGCUAAGAACGACUUGUCGAAGUUCGAGAAGUUCUGCCAACCAGUCAUUCUGCUUGAUUGA